UCAAUUCAAAUUUAUUUUAUAGCGCUUUUCACGAUACAAAUUGUUGCAAAGCAGCUUUACAGAAAAUUUUAAGUUUCAUUAUAUUUAGGAAUAGGUUAUGACUAUGGCAGAAAUGUACAGUAAAAUCACACAAGAAGUGUAUCUGGGGAUUGUUCCUGGAGGCUAAGGUGGGAGGAUGAGCUAGUUUUCUCAGCACAUGGUAAUAACUUCAUUCUGGAAUAUAUUUAGAUAUCUAGACGAAUGAUUUGACAGUGUUUAGAAAUGAUAGUUAAAGCCCAAGAGUUUGAACAUUAUAUUUUUGCUUCCUCUUGCGUUACUCCUUUUAUUAAUGCUUUCUGGAAACGCUGAUAAAAUGGCACUUGGUCCUAAUCAACAGUAUUAGUUGCUGUUCAAUAAAAGUUUAUUGCUAGGCUGUAUAACGAGGACAGAAGUGUAUAGAAGCGGCGGAGCGCGGCGUCAGCGGUGAGUUUGUGGGUUUGCGUGUUGUGAGCGUGAUGUCCAGAAGAACGUGUGGUCUGUCGUCUGCGGAGCUGCUGCUCUCUACGCUUCUGCUUCUGCUGUUCGUGGUUUGCGUGGGACUCAGCGUCGUCACCUGGCUCGCUCUGGACAACACAGAUGCUGGAGGAGAGCAGAGCGGCUCCGAGUUCAGCGGGAUCCUCGUCAUCUCUAACGGAAGCGUCUUCAGCGAGGAGCUGCGGGACAAACACAGCGCACAGUUCAAAGCUCUGGCCUACGACAGCGAGCAGAAGGUACAGCUCAAAGAAUAAUUCACCCAGAAUCAAGAUCCUGUCAUCAUUUACUAAGCCUCAUGUGAGUCCAAACCUGUAUGACGGACUUUAUUCAGAAGAGCAGACAGUGAAAGUCAAGUCAGACGACACGAGGAUGAGUAACCCAUGACACAAUCUUCAUUUUCUUUAAUUUAUCGGAUGAAUCAUGAAGCAUGUCAACACAUGUUUGGGUCACUUUUACCUCUAAACCAAAAAAACAUUUUGCAUUGUGACAUAUGAAUUGCAUGAGAACUAAAACAUGUUUUCUGCGUUUACUGGAAUGUGAGAAAUCACCAGAAAUGAAUGGUGCAGCCUAUAAGAGAGAAAAUAAUUUUUACAAUAAUACUGUAGACUUUGCUUUAUAAUGUCAAUGAGAAUAUACAAUUAUAAUUUA